UGGCGACGAUCGCGAGGUCACGUGAUGAGCAUCCUACUGCCUAACAUGGCGGAGUUCGACACCAUCUCGGAACUGGAGGAGGAAGAGGAGGAAGAAGAAGCGGCAACGUCGUCGUCGUCGUCCUCCUCCUCCUCUUCCUCCUCCUCUUCCUCCUCCUCCUCCGUAUCGGGGCCCGAAGACGACGACGAGGAAGAGGAGGAAGAGGAAGAAGAGGAGGAGGAGGAAGAGGAGGAGGAGGAGGAGACGCCGCCCCCGCCUCGGGUAGUGAGCGAGGAGCAUCUGCGGAGAUAUGCCCCGGACCCUGUCUUGGUGCGGGGCGCCGGCCACAUCACUGUGUUUGGCUUGAGCAACAAGUUUGAUACUGAAUUUCCCUCAGUUCUAACAGGGAAGGUGGCUCCAGAAGAAUUUAAGACCAGCAUUGGCCGUGUAAAUGCAUGUUUGAAAAAUGCUCUACCCGUCAAUGUGAAAUGGCUGCUGUGUGGUUGUCUGUGCUGCUGUUGCACACUUGGUUGCAGCCUGUGGCCUGUUAUUUGUCUCAACAAAAGAACCAGAAGAUCAAUUCAGAAGUUGCUGGAAUGGGAAAAUAACAGAUUAUAUCAUAAGCUUGCUUUGCACUGGAAGCUGACUAAAAGGAAAUGUGAAACUAGCAAUAUGAUGGAGUAUGUCAUACUAAUAGAAUUCUUACCAAAAUAUCCCAUAUUCCGACCUGACUGAGGAGUUUUAUUCAGUCACUUCUGUGUUACUUGUCAUUUCCUACCCUUAGUGCCUUGUAGAUGAUUUUGGAAUGAAGAUGGUCUCCUUUGCUGUGUUCAACUUUCUCUUUAUAAUGGUAGAAUAUUCUCUUCACUUUUUAUUUGAGUUGGUUUAAUAAGAAAUUUUGCACAUCGUUUUUGGCUUUGUUUUUGUUAAAUGAUGCUUGUGUUUUGCACUCUCAAUUUUUAAAUGAUUUCACAGAAACACCUAUGUAUAUAUAGAGAGAUGCUACUAAAGAUAAAACAUCAGUGCUGGAGUUUAAAAAACAAAAAUUUGUCCUGAGCAUGCUGCCUUAUAAUACUUUUCAUACUCACUGUUUCUAAAUAUGCAUCACUUUUCUAGGCAACUAAAUGCUCCCUAUCUCUUACUGAACACACAUAAAUAAGCUUUUGUUAGCUUUUAGAAAUGGUUCUACUUUUAGCUGCUUAUAAAGGACAUGCAAUUAAUAGCACUGGGUUUGUCCUGCACUUUGCUAAAAUAUCACUUGUUAGUGGAUAAAAUAUUUAAACUCUUAAAGUCUUGUAAAUAUUGUCUCUUUGCAUAAUGCAAAAUGUGAUGUGCCAUGGUUUACAUAAUGUAAUAUUAUUCUUACUGUAUUGCCAAAAUUCUGCAUAGAUUUUAAUAUGAAUGAAGUUUGUAAGCAUCCUUUUGAAUGUAUAAAUUGUUAACAUGCUGUUUUAUGGCAAAACCAUAAUAAGUAUGUUAAAAUUUUCAGGUGUAAGCAUAGGGUUGCCCUUUGACAAGUGGAUUAAAAUUGAAGUUGUCUGAGAUAUUCUGCAUUGCAUCUGAAAUCUAAGAACCUUAUUUUUUUAAUUUACUUCACUAGUUUCCAUUUUCCUCUCCAUUUCUACUUGGAUAAGAUUUUGACAUCUUUCACAAUGCCACUAUUCUCACUUCCCUUUCUGUAUCACUCAUUUGAAAAUAUGCACAAUUGUGACCUUUCAAUCCUGGGGGGUAUUUAAACUUCCCUGUCCCCCUGAAAGCCACUGUUAAUCUCCUUGUGGAUUUUCUGACAUUCUACUUUGGAAAACAGAGAGGUAAUUGAGAAAUUGUACCUGAAGAAUAAGAGAGUGGCUGAUUUAUAUUUGUUUAAUGUUCUUUAUCCUCUCUUUUAGGAUUUUUAAGACAUGGAUAUAAUAAGGAAAAACAAAUAGACAAAAGUAUUUUGCUUAUAAAUUCAACAUACAUGUAGCUUUUAAUUAGUAUUUGCAUAUUUCCCCAUUUCUGUUCAUAAUUAAGAUGAGUGAGAGCAGAACACUCAUUCUUCUAGAUUUUAAAAUUUCAACAUAAUAGAAAUUUAUAUUGUUAAUUCAGCAGCAAAUGUAUGCUUGAGGCAUUCUAUGCCAUUCAUACUGCUAAAAAUAACAUUUAAAUAUUUAGUACAAGUUAGUUUUUAUUUCUCAACAUACUUAUUAUUUUUAGUUAACUUUUUAAAGUAAACUUCCAGCCCAGUGAAAAGAACAAUCAUUUCCUUAAACAAGAUCAGGUUUUGUAAAGCCUCUUUUAAAAUGUGUGGCUACUUAUAAAUUUACAGUCUCAGAUUAGCAAAAGAGGAUAAAAGGAAUACUAUUUUAUAUAUGACAGUACGUACUUGCACAAACACUUUUCCACAUCUUGUAGAACUCCAUUACUCCCCUGCCACCCAACCCAAAAUCUCUAACAUUGAAAUGUUGUGUGUGCCUACAAAUAUCAUUUUGCUGCUCUGCUGCAAAAUUGAAGGUGUAUUUUUAUAGACAAGGUGAAAACUGAAAUACCAAAUGUCUUGUUUUAUAGCUAUGGUCAGGGAAAAAUUGUAUUUCUGAUAUGUUUCAGCUAAUUAUCAGGAUUUUAUGCUUUAAAUGGGCAGUUUAAUACCAAAAUUGGUUUCUAGCAUAAUAUAAAAUUUCAAAUUGUCACUGAUGAAAAAUUAUUACUUUUAAAUGUCAACUGUGAAUUCUCUUUUUUGCUGUAAACUCAAAAUUUGACUAUCCAGUAACCUUUUUCUGCAAUGUGUGAAUCAUGCUUCAUUUUUCUCAAAAACAACAAAAAAUAUUAAAUUAUUUCCAUGAAACAUACUAAGACAGGAAUAGAAUAUAUCUGGAGGUGUCAGUAUAUUUCAAGUUAUAAUGACAUCUGUCAUUUAAAAAAAACACUUGCCAAUAUCUGCAGACCUUAUUUUUAAAACUACUUGAAUUGCUCUUAAAUUUCUUUUUUCAU